AUGUUACAGGGACGAGGAGACGUUUCAUAUCAAUUUGUCAAGACAUAUUAUCUCCUAUACAGCAUGGAUGGCAUCAUGUGGGUCAACGUGACGUCACCAAACCAACAACCACAGUUGUUCAUCGGAAACAAUGACACGAACACUGUGGUAAAGUCCAGCCUCGUUCCCAGCAUCACUACCGUUUAUCUCCGAAUUAAUCCAAGAAGCUACAAUCAUCACAUAAGUCUCCGUUUUGACGUCAGCGGCUGCUACAUAGUCAAAGAAACAAAGGGUCGUUCUGAAUUUUACAGAGUGCCACUGUUGCCAUCUCAAGAUUAUACACAACAUGUUCUGUUUGAGACACUGUCAAGUUCCCUCCCAGAGUGCGAUCAGCAAUGUCACAAGGACAAGGAGUGUGGUUUCUUUAGUUUUGACAUGAACCAGGGAAAUUGCCGUGGAUUUGUGUCAACACCCACCACAUACUCGGCGUUCUCUACUGGACUGACACCAUCUUUUGUGAAAAGAGGAUUAUUCACGUCACUUGGCUACCGUCAAAUCAAGAACGAGAGCCUUAUCUACAGAGUGAACGGAGUCAGCCUGAAUCAGACAAGUGCCUCCAAUGUGUGUAUCCAACAACACUCACAGCUACUCAAGAUCGCCUUCGAGUCGGAAAUGUUGAGUCUGCAGACCAUCGUCGCUGGAAAUACAAUACUGG